GUUUGGUCCCCAAAAAAAUUAAUAAAGUUGCACUACUCACCCAUCUUAGUCUGCUCAUGGCACACUCGAAAAGACCCAGGCGAAAUACUCAGUUGUUGAACCAAGACAAUUCUGAACACGAAGUCCAAGUCAAUGCCUUGAAGCCCAGGUUCUGUGCACCAAGUCCCGAAGAAUAUGUUGACGAAGAGCCCCCUCUGCACUUAUUCUUCGAUAGUUUGAAAACAGAUUUUGCCGAGCUUGACACAUCAGACUUGGAGACAGGAUCAGACAUGGAUGACCAGGAUGAGUGGGAAGAACUCAAUGAUGAAUGGUUGUUGGCUGUAAUGUCAGAGAUGGACAACAAGCUCCAAGACCCAGACUGGCUCCCAGAACGUCUCCAAAAGAAGGUGGAAAUUCAUGCAAAAUCAAAGACGGCGAGACCCAGGACUUAUGCCAAUUCCUUUACAAGUCAAUCAGAGAGAACUUCAACCCUGGCACCUGACCGAGAUGCAAUGGCAGGACCAGCAAACAUAGCCAGACAUGUGUUGCCCAUGGUGGCUGUGCCAGUACGCCAAACAACAUUAUCCAUGCUGCAACCAGAAUGGCAGCAGUAUUCAAGUUCAUCAACGAUCCCACGUACCCGCUUGGCAUCUGUUCUAUUGGAUCAGGCAUCAUCAGAUGAACCGGAGCCCACAGAGAUUAUGGACUUGGAUGAGUCAGCAGCUGAGGAGGUGGAAGAUGUUGAUGAUGAAACUUGGGAAGACGAGCUGAUGCUUUCAGCAAGAGGGGUCAUAAUGAAAUUUCAUGAUUGGAGCAAGAUGCGCGAAAACAUCAAAUCAGACCUAAAGAAGAACAGCAAGAGCUUAUCACUGGCGCACAUCAAUAAACUCACCAUACUCUCAAAUUUUGCAACUCUAUGCAUCAAGGGAUGCUCAUGGAUACAAGCUAGCAUUGAGAUUGCUUGGCAAUGGCAUGAAGGCGAAGGAAUUCACUUCGCAUGGAAAGUGUGAGCACUUGUUCAGCAUUACCAGAUAUUUGCAUAGCUGUCCAUGGAG